CGUUAGCGCCGUAGUCAAAGGGUUUAAGCCCAACCGCGUUUCUCUUUUUCACCUCUUUCUUUUGUAGCAUAAUAUCUCAGCCGUUAGAUUUAAGUCGGUCCUUACUUUUUCAUAUCAACGGUCACGAUUCACUAAACACCUCAAUACAGUGUACCCCACUUCUUCUCUCUAUAUAAAGAACACCAUCUCCUAGGUUUCGUUAACAACAACAACAAAGCAAAAACACUCCCAAACCAAAAAAAGAAGAAGAAGAAGCUAAAUUCGAAUCUCUCUCUUUUUUGAAAUAUGGCUUUUUCCAAAUCUCUAGUGUUUGUUCUUCUCGCUGCUCUUUUGAUUUCUUCCGCAGUGGCUCAAUCUCCGGCUCCAGCUCCAUCUAACGUCGGAGGUAGACGGAUCUCACCGGCUCCUUCACCUAAGAAGAUGACUGCUCCUGCUCCUGCACCUGAAGUUUCUCCUUCUCCUUCUCCGGCAGCCGCAUUGACUCCAGAAUCCUCUGCUUCACCACCAUCGCCGCCUCUAGCUGAUUCUCCUACCGCUGACUCCCCGGCUUUGUCUCCAUCUGCGAUCUCCGAUUCUCCGACUGAAGCUCCUGGUCCUGCUCAGGGCGGCGCCGUUUCGAACAAAUUCGCCAGUUUCGGAUCUGUGGCGGUUAUGUUAACUGCUGCCGUUUUGGUUAUCUAGGUUGUUCCGAUCAAUGAAGCUUCUUUGAUUUUAUUUAUUUAUUUUAGAUAUAUUAGAGUUUUGUGAGAGAGAUGAUGAUUCAUUAUUUUUCUCUUCUUUCUAUUAUUUUCUUUGAAUAUUUUUCUUUCUUCGGCUGAUCCUAUGCGCGUUUGUAUCUAUCCAAUAUUUAUCUAUCUAUAUGAUUUAUCAGAUUUUCUAAAUAACUUUCUAUGGAAAUAUUAACUUCAAAUUAUUAUGGUCUGAAAUCUGAAUAAUCGUGAUCUGC